ACUUGUUUUUAUGAUUUAGCGAAUUUUCUUUUACAGGUCCAUAUUUUCCUAAGAGACUUUUUGUUUUUUCUUCUCUUCUCUUCUCUUCUCUUCUCUUCUCAAGUUAUCUUAUCUUCCCUUCCAAUUGACGUGUUACCACUCUACUCUUCCUCUUUUUUUAUUCAAAGCUUGUGUUUUCUCUUCACCACACUUUUUACUUGCCGUUUUUUACUCGCCGUUUGUAAAUAUUUCAUACAUCUCUCUUUUCAAAUCAAUCAACCAAAAUGGAACAAUUGAAAGAAUUAGUCAACAAAUUGCAAAUAAGAAUUCAAUUUCUUGAAGACUACCCUAAACCAGCCAAAACUGACGAUGACUCCAUCCGUAUGGUAUUAAUUGGCCCUCCAGGUGCCGGUAAGGGUACUCAAGCACCAAAUUUAAAAGAAAAAUUCUGCGCUUGUCAUUUGGCUACUGGUGAUAUGUUAAGAUCCCAAGUCACCAAGCAAACUGCCUUAGGUAUUGAAGCUAAGAAAAUCAUGGAUCAAGGUGGUUUAAUAAGUGACGAAAUUAUGGUCAAUAUGAUUAAAUCCGAAUUGUCUGACAACCCCGAUUGCAAAAAAGGUUUCAUUUUAGAUGGGUUCCCAAGAACAAUUCCUCAAGCUGAAAAAUUAGAUGAAAUGUUAAAGGAAAAAAGCAUUCCUUUACAAAAAGCUGUAGAAUUGAAAAUUGAUGAUGAAUUAUUAGUUGCUAGAAUCACCGGCAGAUUAGUCCACCCAAGCUCUGGUAGAUCUUAUCACAAACUUUUCAAUCCUCCAAAAAAAGAAAUGACUGAUGAUCUUACUGGCGAGCCUUUAGUUCAAAGGUCUGAUGAUAACGCUGAUGCCUUGAAAAAGAGAUUGGUAACUUACCACAACCAAACUGAACCAAUUGUUGCUUACUAUCAAAAAACUGGUAUUUGGAGUGGUAUUGAUGCAUCUCAAUCUCCAAGCAACGUUUGGUCUCAAAUCUUAAAAUGUCUUGGUCAAUAAUUUUCCUAAAGCCUAAUUAUACCAUCAUAUCGUCAUAUCACUACAUAUAAUUAUAUAUAUAUUUAUAUUUAUAUUUAUAUUUAUAUUUAUAUUUAUAUUUAUAUUUAUAUUUAUAAACAUAGUAAAUAAACUUGCU